GCUAAAGAAAUAUGGCUCAGGCUAUUGUCUCUUUUGCAGCCAAGUGGAUUGGUGAAUUGAUGAUUCAAGAAGCAAAACUCUUAUACGGAGUGCGCGACCAAGUUGACGAUUUGUUGGUUGAGUUAAGACAGAUGCAGUGUUUUUUAAAAGACGCAAACGCAAAACAAAUUGAACAUGAGAUCAUCCGUCAUUUGGUUGGGGAAAUCAGAGAAGUUGGUUAUGAUGCAGAGAAUGUGAUCGCAACCUUUUUCCUUAAGGCUGGGCCAAGAAGAAGAAGAGGCAUCCAAAACAUCCUCGUGAGAUCUAUCUGCAUAUCCAAUGAAUUCAUAGCUCGACACAAGAUUGGGUCGGAAAUUAAUACAAUCAAAAGUAAGAUCAUUAGGUUUACUGCAGGAUUAUCAAGUUACGGCCUAAUUGCUAUGGCACAUGAAAGAGAAUGUUCAAGUUCUACGCUCCAAAGGUCAUCUCAGUUACGACAAACUUAUUCCCACGUUCAUGAAGAGGAUUUCAUUGGUUUUGAGCAAGAUAUCAAGAUAUUAGUUGCACAAUUGGUGAGUGAAGAAGCCAAACACUGUAGAGUUGUUUCCAUUUGCGACAUGGGUGGUUUGGGAAAGACUACCCUUGCUAGGAAAGUGUACCGUCACCAAGACGUUCGGUGCCAUUUUGAUGCCUUCACUUGGGUUUCAAUAUCUCAACAAUGGCAACUAAAAGAUGUUUUGCAAAGGAUCCUAACUAAACUCAUUCCAGAGAAAAGUGGGCAGAUUGUGAAUAUGAUAGAUGAUCAAUUAGUGAAGUUACUCUAUGAAUUUCAACAACAGAGAAAAUGCUUACUGGUUCUUGAUGACAUUUGGUCAUCAGAUGCUUGGGUCAGCUUAUCACCAGCAUUUCCCAAAGUAAAUACGGGCAGCAAAAUAAUCCUUACUAGUCGUAAAAAAAACGUGAUAACAUUUGUGGAUCCAAAUGGUUUCGUCCUUGAACAUAAGUGUUUAAGCAAGCAAGAAAGCUGGAAGUUGUUUGAGAAAAAAGCUUUUCCGAAAACAGAUACUACAGAAUUCAAAGUUGACAUAAUGAUGGAGAAGUUAGAAAUGGAAAUGGUUGAACAAUGCGGGGGCUUACCUCUAGCCAUUGUGGUGCUUGGAGGACUUCUAGGAACAAACUUGACCCUGAAAAGACCAUAUCAAUUGUGGAUGGCUGAAGGCUUCAUAUCCCAAGAAGAAAGAGGAGAAGACGAAACCAUGAUGCAUGUAGCGGAACGUUACUUGGGUGAACUAGCACAAAGCUGCAUGGUUCAAGUGGAAUUGCAGCCAGAGGAGUAUUCAAUAAUUAGAGAAAGCAGAGGGUUUCGAUGCUGUCGACUUCAUGAUCUCAUGAGGGAUUUAUGUUUUUCAAAGGCAAAAGAGGAAAACUUUCAUCAGGUCAUUGAAUAUGGGCAUAUAAAUCAGCAAGAGCAUCCCUCUUCUUUAUCCAUGGUGACAUCAAUUGGUGGUAACACUUACCGUAAAAUACACAGACUUGUUAUCAAUCUAGAUAAAAAGAAUAGUAACUUUCGUCUCUUUGAACAAGAAGAAAGAGCUCAGCAUAUUCGGACAAUUUUAUUCUUCACAGGUGAUGAUUGUGAUUAUCCGUCUGGAGAACAGUUGACCCGUUUAUCCAAAGAAUCUAAAUUUCUUAGAGUUAUAAAUUUCGAUGGAAAUACAAUUGGCAAUACAGAAGGAACAAAAGAGUUACCAAGAGAAAUAGGAAACCUUAUCCUUUUGAGUAUUCCAAAUGUGUUAUGGAAGAUGGAAGGAUUGGUACAUCUUUAUCUUCCUUUGUUUGGUCGAUUUUGUACAAAAGUCAAACUACGAGUAGAUGGUUUGAGGAAUCUGGAGACGAGACAAAACUUGGAUUCAUAUAAGGUUAAUGUUAGAGAUCUCUUCAAAUUACCCAAUCUCCGGAGAUUGGAGAAUCUAUGCGUACGAGGAAAGCUUGAGGACCUAACGAUGGUCAAUAACUUCAUCCUUAAUAGCAACCAUCGACUACAACACACAUCCAUUACUAUUGAAAAUUGUGAUUUUUGUUCAGAAGAUGGAUUAAGCCUCCUGAGACAACUGCUUGGGUGUGUUUGCCUUGUUCGAUUGCAUAUAGAUGGGUUUAUAGGUAAGUUACCACAAUAUGAACACCAGUUAUUAUGCUCAAGCCUCACCUUUUUAUUGCUGCAGAGCUCUAAACUUAAGGAAGACCCAAUGGCAACACUGGAGAAGUUGCCAAACUUAAGGAUUCUAUUCUUAGGUUCUGCCUUUGUAGGAAAGGAAAUGGUUUGCUCUGCUCAUGGUUUUCCUCAUCUCAAGAGACUAAGUCUUUGGUAUUUAGAAAUUGAGGAGUGGAGGGUGGAUCACGGAGCCAUGCCUAAACUUUCUUCUCUACAAAUUGCAUUUUGUAAGAAAUUGCAGAUGCUUCCGAAUGCAUUGAGAUUCAUCCCUACCCUCCAGGAAUUGCAAAUUUCUUGUAUGCCUAAACCAUUCAAUGAUAGGCUUCGAAUGGUCGAUGGCCAAGAAGGAGAGGAUUUUCACAAAAUUAGCCACAUCCUUUCCAUUCGUUUUGAAGUCUCUAGAAUUACUCUCAAGACAUCUGAGAGGGUAAUUUUUGCGAAAGAGUUGGGUCGAGCUGUGAUGAAGAUUAAGAAGAUGAAGGCAUUGUUGUUAGGGAGGCUCUUGUCUCUCUUGAAGCUGAAGGUUUUAGCCAAUCACACCGUUUAUAGUAAAUUGCCAACCAUCCAAGGUUUUGUGAUAAUACAUGAUAUGUCUGCUGCAUCACUUUCACGAAACCAAUCAUCAGUGGUGAACGGAAUUGAAGGCAAUGCUGUUUGGGAGGUUCUUGUCACCACAUGUAUAUAUUCCAUGCAGAGAACUGGUGUUGACACAGGUUGUGGUAGAUGA